GUUAAAUAUUUGAUCAUUUGGAGACCAUCCAGUGUUAGUCAGAUCUUCAACAUGCUAAAAAGUGUUCCAAAAAUCUUUGUCUUUCUUUUCAUAUCCAUUUUAGCAGAUGAACACGAUCAUGUAAUGUAAUAAACAUCUACAUAAUUAAAUUACUCACACAUCAAAAUGUAGCGCAACGCUAAAUACCAUUUAUACAUUUUGGUCAUCUUCUGGGAAAAUGCAGCAGCAGGACUAGUCUCGUUCAACCAGACGCUCGGCUGUCUCCGUAAAUCUCCGACGAGCAGAGAGACUGGUAAAGCGUCACGUAAAUGUUUGUAACGUCAAAAUGAGGCUUACCAAAAUACCGGUAAAUAAUUUGAUUGGUUGAAAGAAACACACCUCCUAAUUCAUGUAAACAAUGACGGAAGAAAACUAUAUCGGAUAUUUGUUAUGGAAUGAAUUUGCCAUUUAAACUUAAAGAUCUCAAACUAGAAAGUUUAAAAGCGGUUGUGAAUGGCAAGGAUUUAUUUGCAGUACUACCUACGGGAUAUGGUAAAACCGUUUGUAUUCAAUUUUACCAAAACUACUGUGGGGGACAAAAGUGAAAGAACGUUUUCCAGAUGACUGUGAUCGAAGUUCUGCGGUUGUGGUGGUGUUCUCUCCAUUGGUAUCUUUAAUGAAAGAUCAAGUCAUUAACAUUAAAACUUUUGGAGUUGACUGUGUCUAUAUCGGAGAGAAUCUGAAAGAAGGCACCAGGGGGUGUACCCUCAGCCACAGCAGGAAUGGAUAACUUCCAGAUUGGAGGGGUGUCAAUGGGGGACAUUCCUAGACCGACCAUUCGUCCAGCAAACCCUUUCAACUGUGAAUUGGACACCAUGACUCUUCGCACGGCAAUGAGAGGAAUAGGGACGGAUGAGAAGGCCAUCAUUCAAGUUAUUGGCCACACCUCUAACAAACAGAGGCAGGAAAUUCUCGACAUGUACAAAAGCGUGUAUGGAAAGGAUUUGAUCUCGGAUCUGAAGUCAAAGUUGUCAAGUGAUCUGGAGGAGCUGAUCCUGGCGCUUGUUAAGUCCCCUGAAUACUACGACGCCUGGUGUCUUAACAAAGCAAUGAGGCGAAUGGGAACAAUUGAAUCAAUCCUGAUUGAAAUUUUGACUACCAGAACAAAUGCAGAAAUACGGGGCAUCAAGGCAGCCUACAAGCAACACUUUGAAAGAGAGCUUGAGGCUGACUGUGCCAGUGAAACAAGUGGACAUUUCAAAAGAUUGCUGGUGUCCUUUUUUCAGGCUAAUAGAACCGAGCUGACAGACAGUCAGAGACAGAUGCUGAUGCAGAGGGGUCCUGAGGCGGUGGUCGACCGGGCUCUGGCCCAGCAGGAUGCCCAGACCCUGUACAAGGCGGGCGUCAAAAAGUUUGGCAUGGAUGAGUCCGCCUUCCUCUCAGUCUUAUCCAUCAGACACGAGUACCAGAUGAGGGCCACCUUUGAAGAAUAUCAGAAACUCUCUGGAAAGGACAUCCUGAGUUCAAUUGGUUCUGAGAUGUCUUUGGAUCUGGAAUAUGGUUUCAAAGCUAUCAUUAUGAGUGCUAUGAAUAGACCCAAGUUUUUCUCGGACAAAUUGUACGAAGCAAUGCGAGGAAUGGGAACCGAUGACUCCACCUUAAUCCGAAUCAUCGUGUCCCGAUCAGAGAUUGAUCUACAGAACAUUAAGGAUCAAUAUCAGAGGGAUCAUGGGAAGUCUCUCAAUGCCGCGGUGUCAUCCGAGACCAGCGGAGACUACAAGAAACUUCUGCUGGCUAUUGUAGGCCAGUGAUCCACUGCUGUCAUACACCGAUCGACUGCUAUUAUAUACACCGAUCGACCGCUAUUAUACACUGAUCGACCGCUAUUACGUACACCGAUCGGCCACUAUUAUACAUGUAUUAGAUUAACCUUUCUUUCUUGUAAUACGUGCUUGGUGAUUUUAGUGUUUACCUUCAGAUUGCUUAGUACAUUGUCCUGUUCUUUGAUUGUUAGUAAAUGCUUGUUUUGAAAUGCAUUUAUCGGAUAUUUUAGUGCAUAUCAUAAUAUUGUUGUUUACAAAAAAAAAUGUGUAUUUAAAUAUAGUUUUAGGUAGCAAUGUAUUCUCAUGUAAAUGUUUAUGUAUAUUAUUAUGCAAAUUGUGGACUGGAAGCUCUUAACCACAUAAUUAUUUAGAUUUAAAGUGUUGUGUUUUAGUGUUCUAUAAUGUUUACUUAGAUGACAGAUGUACCAGUAAUAUGUUCUUAAAGUAAAUUCAAUUUUUAGCCGGGCUCUGCUGAAAGCAGAGUCCUGGCUCUAGGCAGGCAAAUCGCCAAUGUUACUAUAAAUAGCAAAGUAAACAAUCAAAAAUUUAAUUAGUCUUCUCUAACGUGUUUUAAAAACAAGACUAUGCAUUUUGGACACAUACAAUGCGCAUGAAUUUCCAAGAACUACUUUACUGUACGUUGAAAAAAUGGGGGUUGUAUAUAUAACGCUUCUUGCAAAAUUCAAAGCAGCAACUGUUAAUCUUUUUUCUACUAGAGAGACAUAUUUUUGUUUAUAGCCGCUUACAACAUUUGGUCGCUCUUUGACGCUUUCCCGACAAAAGCAUGAGAGAGAAAGAGAGAUUUUCAGUCUUUACUACACAAUAUGCAUAAUGACACCAAAAGAGCCCGGCUUUCAGUACUUCAGUACUUUGAUUAGCAUUCUGUGUUCUACAAGUCCAUGUUAUUUACCCAGAGAUCAUUGACUAGUAAAGCAUCUGUGACUACCGUAUCUUCAAUCUAAUUAAAAUAAGAUCCUUCACGAAGUCGCUGUGAGGAUCUAACAACAUCCCAUAUGGGGUCAUCUCAGAUUGAACUUUGUGAAAAAAAAAUAGCAGCCAAUCAAAUUUACAUUCACAGCGACAUAUCAAAUACGAGAGCGUGAAGGAUCUAAUUUUAAAUAGAUUGACCGUAUCUUAAAAUACACUAAGGAAGAAGAUUCUCUAUAUUACACAGGUUUCUAUAUAGAAUGUUUUCGUAGAUUUCUACUUAGAAUUGGGUUAUAGUACUCAUAUACAUAUAGAUUUUGUGAUUAGAAAGCAUGUCCAACUAAAAUAAAAAGAUCAAUGUCAACUGUUUUUUUCUAGCUGAGACAAAGAUCGACCAUGGUACCAAUUUUUAUUUUGGCAUUUACAUGCAUUUGCUGCCUCCUUUUACUUGUUAAACUGAAAUAUACAUGGUUAAACUGCAAAUGUUACCUUAAUUAAAUAUAACAGCAUUAAUAAGGAUUUAUAAAGUAUGUUUUAAUAAGGGAAGGAAUUUUUCCAGCUGUAUAUAUAUUGCAUUUAUAUUGCAGAAUAAGCAUUGAUUGUUAUAGAUACAAUGAAUAAAUAACGCUUUUACAA